ACUCAAAAACAAAAAAAAUAAGAAUCAACUCAAUGGCUUCUUCUUCUUCUUGUAUGUUAGUAUUCUCACCAUUACCAACUCUUUCAAUUUCUUCUUCCGUUCAUUCUUCACUCCCAAUCACCAAACCCCACAAUUUUCUUCAACUCAAAACAAGAAAAGACAGGCCAAUUAUACCACUUAGAGUAUCUGCACCUCCAACAACACCACCUAUUGAAGAACAAGAAUCAUCUACUAGUACUGUUAUACAAGAUGAUGAACAAGAUUUGUCUUCAUAUUCGAAGUUUUCAUGGAGGGAUAAUUGGUAUCCAGUUUCGCUUGUUGAGGAUCUUGAUCCAAGUUUGCCUACACCAUUUCAGCUACUGAAUAGGGAUAUGGUUAUCUGGUUUGAUAAAUCUGGGUCUCAGUGGGUUGUUCUUGAUGAUAAAUGCCCUCAUCGUCUUGCUCCACUAUCUGAAGGGAGAUUAGAUGAAAAUGGGCAUUUGCAGUGUUCAUAUCAUGGAUGGUCAUUUAACGGUUGCGGAUCUUGUACAAGGAUUCCUCAAGCUGCAUCUGAAGGACCUGAAGCUAAAGCGUUUCAGUCUCCGAGGGCCACUGCUACUAGAUUUCCUACUAUGGUUUCACAAGGACUACUCUUUGUUUGGCCUGACGAGAAUGGUUGGGAGAGAGCUCAGGCAACAAAGCCCCCUAUGUUGCCUGAAGAUUUUGAUAAGCCAGAGUUUGCAACAGUGACAAUUCAGCGUGAUUUGUUUUAUGGCUAUGACACUCUCAUGGAGAACGUCUCUGAUCCUUCUCACAUUGAUUUUGCGCAUCACAAGGUUACUGGAAGGCGUGAUAGAGCCAAGCCCUUGCCAUUCAAGAUGGAGGCCUCUGGACCCUGGGGUUUUGCCGGUGCAAACAAUGAUAAACCAAAAAUUAGUGCAAAAUUUGUCGCACCUUGUUACUCCAUGAAUAAAAUAGAGAUCGACACGAAGCUUCCAAUCGUGGGAGAUCAGAAGUGGGUGAUAUGGAUUUGUUCCUUCAAUGUACCAAUGGCACCAGGAAAGACCCGAUCAAUUGUUUGCAGUGCUCGAAACUUCUUCCAGUUUGCAGUGCCCGGGCCUGCUUGGUGGCAGGUUUUUCCGAGAUGGCAAGAACACUGGACUUCGAAUAAGGUGUAUGAUGGUGAUAUGAUUGUUCUUCAAGGUCAAGAAAAGAUUUUUCUUUCAAAGUCGAAAGAGAAUGGUACUGAUGUCAACAAGGAUUAUACAAAACUCACAUUUACACCCACUCAAGCUGAUCGUUUCGUCUUGGCUUUCCGAAAUUGGCUUAGACGGCAUGGCAAUAGUCAACCUGAAUGGUUCGGCAGCACAGACAACCAACCACUGCCUUCUACCGUCUUGUCCAAACGCCAGAUGAUGGACAGAUUCGAGCAACAUACACUCAAGUGUUCGUCUUGCAGAAAUGCUUACUACACAUUCGAGAGGUUGCAAAAGUUUCUAAUCGGCACAGUACUCGUGUGCUGUGCAACCGCUGGCAUUCCUUCUGACGUUAACCUACGCAUUAUCUUGGGCUCGUUAGCGAUUAUAAGCGCUGGAUUGGCAUACAUUCUCCAUGAACUGCAGAAGAAUUUCAUCUUUGUUGAUUAUGUACAUGCUGAAAUUGACUAGAAGUCUAGGGAAAUUUAGAACUCUAGUUGUAUAAAAAUUGUAUACUGCAGAGUGUAUUAUUCAUAUACAAUGUAUAUUUGUAAAGUUGCAUGCUAGAAAAUUUUGUUUCGGUUUUUAAA